AUGGCGGGUGCAAAUGAUAAAGAAAGUGUAAAAUAUCGUCGAUCAAAAAACAAAACAAUAAGUGAUAAUACUAAGACGGGAGAAGCGUCGAAAGAAAUCACAUUAUCCCGACAGCCAAAAAUUUUCCAAAGAAAAACCCAAAAGCAUAAAAGGAAUCAUAAAAAGAAAAAGAGAUCCAACAGAAGUCCAAGCAGCAGCUCACCCGAUAAUCGAAAAUCCAGGAAGAAAAGAAAAUUAAAGAAAGAGAAAAAAUCGAAAAAAGUCAAGGUGAAAGGCGUGGUCGAUCAGAACAAGUACGGUGCUUACGGGAUUAUACGUGAAAGCGAUUUGUUCGUGAAACAACAAGAGUUUUACGCGUGGCUUCAAGAAGUGAAAAACGUUAAUCCGGAGACAUUGCCGAAGUUUGAAAUGCGAAAAGUGUUCGAAGAUUACAUGGAGGAUUAUAACACAGCCACAUUGCCGCAUAAAAAGUAUUACGAUCUUGAGAAAUGGGAAGCGAAAGUUCAGAGAAAACACGAGCUGAAAGCUUUGAAGAAAGCCAGGGAGACAUCUUUCUCCAUUGUGGAUGACGAGAAGCAACAUGACAUGCUCCAUCGUCGAACUGACUCCAGCAAAUACGCUGGGCCAAGUCGACAACAACUUUUGGAAAUGCAACAAGAGCUUCGACGCAGGCAAGAUGAAGAAUACAAAAAGAAGGCUGGGUUGACAUGAUAAUGCAAUAUUCAACUGUCGUCCAUGACUCGUGACGAUUCUACCGUUGCUGGUCCUCUACAGUUAUUCAGUUUUGCUUAGGCUGGACCUGAGUGAUCUAUAGUAGCGUUAAACACCUCCUAUGAUAUGGAUUAAAUAAAAGGACGAAGCAUUAAUAUGCUUUACUACCGUCAACUUACGCUUUCAAGUAUUUUCAACAACGACAGAUUUCCACAACCGUGGCUUGCUUGUAAAUAAAGGUUUAUAAUUAAUUUCAUUAAAAGACGAUCCCAAACAGUU